AUGGCAACGCUCGAUUGUAACUUAAACUCGGUCGUCGCCGACGAUUUGGCGAGGAAGAAGUCUCCCAAUAGGGAUGGCUCGCGAGAUCUUCCGGAAAAGACAUUCGUGGCAAGAAAUUCACCACUUACGGAUAUAUUUGCGGAGAACCAGCUGAUCUACAACGUGUUUGCUGCGGCACUGAUUUUGGUCUUCGCUGAUGAAGUCCUGACCACGUUUGUGGAGAGUGGUCGGAUUGAUUUGAAAUUGCGGGAAGUUUUAAGUGGAUUACGUGGAUUAUCAGUGAACUUGCUAGUGUGGAGUUGCAUGCAGAUCAGUACGUUGUGUGUGUAUUUUUGCUUCAUUGGUUGGAUCUAUGGCCGAAGAAAAUUUGAAGAUGGAACGAAGAAAUGGCUAGACAUUAGCUGCUUUUGUGGAUUGGUGAUCUACCAGGUGACCUUCGUAACAGUGACCAUCAAAGUUGUACUACUUCUCGACUUGUCACCAGUAUCUUCAAUGUGCAUCCUGAUGGAAAUGACACGCUUCGUGAUGAAGAUCCACGCGUUUGUUCGGAGUAGUUCAUCAGAAGUUUUGAAGGACAACUCUACGAGACCAACGUUCCAUCAAUUUGUGUACUUCCUCUUUGCUCCCACGCUGAUCUACCGCAACGAGUACCCAAGAACCGCAACCAUCCGUUGGCGAGUCGUUCUCAAACAUGCCCUGGAAGUGACCAUCCUGCUGUACAUGUGCUACAUCUUCAGCGGAACCUCAGCUCUGUUCAACCGAUUCGGAGUCGUCCCAAUAUCAACCGGAACCGUACUCCACAACGAGUUCCUGAGCAUCCUGCCAACCAGUGUCUUCUUCCUGUGCGGCCUCUACGCCCUGAUGCACUCCUGGCUCAACGCCUGGGCAGAAGCUCUCAGAUUCGCGGACCGUCUCUUCUACCGCGACUGGUGGAACGUAACUUCGUUUGCCGGGUUUGUGCGCUGUCAAAACGUCGUCGUGCACAACUUCCUGUACACAUACAUGUACAAGGACUUUUACGACCAUGUGCUGCGUAGCAGAAGAGCAGCAUCCAUCGUGGCGUUCGCCGUGUCUGGGCUGGUCCACGAACUGUUGCUGGCAGUGGCCUUCCGGUUCAUCUACCCGAUCAUGCUGGGACAGUUUGUGGUAAUGGGACUGCUGACGGCCAACGUCAAUCUUGGGAACGUGUUUUUCCUGGCGUCCCUUACGUUUACAAAUGGCGUUGAGGUUAGUUUGUACAGCAUGGAGUACUACGCCAGGAGGAAUUGUUUGGAGGUUGUGGAUAGUGUGGGACGGUGGUCACUGGAGGGUCUAGUCCCGGUUUCAUGGACCUGCGGCGCCGUCAGUUCGUUUGAUGGCAAUUGGACCGUUCAAGCUCCGUGGAGUUGA